AUGAAUCAUCCCGCACCUACUCUACUCGAAGUUAACAGAGCCAACUAUUAUGCAAUCGCGGUUCCCUUAUACAAGGCGUGUGUCCUCGGUGACUGGAGCAUUGCUGAGCCCAUCUUGGCACAAAACCCAGAAGCAGUGGGACUAGCUAUUACAGCUAGUCUUGAGACUCCUUUAAUGGUUUCGGCUUCGUCAGUUGUUAACAAAGAUAUUGAAGAGUUUGUGAGCCGCUUAGUACGCCGGAUGACAUACGAAGACUUCAAAUUAGUAAACACAGAAGGAGAGACAGCUUUGUACAUAGCUGCGUCACAUGGAAGCAAAGAAAUCGCAAGAUCAAUGUUAGAAAGAUGCCAAGCAUUGCUGACUAUUCCUAAAGUUCCUGGCAUUUAUCCAAUAACACGAAGUGUUGAGUGUGGAAAUCGGGAAAUGACGCGAUUUCUCUAUCUAACAUCUCUCGGUAUGAGCGGUGCAGUGUGGACACCAAACAUUCGAAAUAACAUUCUCAUAGGCUGCGUAGAAAAUGAAAUGUUUGGCAUGGCUAGAACCAUUAUGGAUGCAAACCAUGAUUGGUUACAUCCUGUUGUUUGUGGAGAUAUCUUCCGUGCUUUGGCUGGAAAGACGGACGCCCUCAACCGGAAGGAAAAGAAUAUGAUUUUGAGUCGCUUAAGAUGGAUUUUACAAAAAACAAAUAUCAUGGGGUCAAAUGAAUCUGAAGAAGAGGCUAAAAAUGCCUCUAGCAUACUGACAAGCGCUCUAGGGGCUACUAAUUCAUUUUAUAGGACGGAGGUUGAUUCAUUACUUCGGGGACCUAAUAAUCUACCCGCAUACAAUUGCAUUUUUGAAGCGGCUAGGAAUGGGAACACUGAGUUUUUAUUGCAGAUUAUCCAGAUCUACCCAGAGGUACUGACAAAGAGAAAUGAAGAUGGACACACCAUCUUCCACGUGGUAGUAAUGCAUCGACAACUGGACCUGUACAAUGCUUUGUUUUAUGAAGUCGGGUCCAAAAGGUUUGGACUAUUUGAGGUUGACAAGAAUGGUAAUACUCUACUCCACCUGGUCGGAAUGACAUCAAAAAGGGUCGAACUGGAAAGCACCACCCGAUCAUUUUUGUUGCUCCAAAAAGAAUAUCUUUGGUUCCAGGAAGUAGAGAGGAUGUUGUCACCCAGUCUAAGGGGUGUUAGGAACACUCAUGGUAAAACAGCUCAGGAGUUGUUCCAGGAAAACACCAAAGAUUUAGCAUCAGGAGCUCUUGGUUGGGUAAAACAUGGAAUGGUUGCAACCGCCCUUAUUGUCACGAUCUCAUUUGCAGCAGUAUUAACCCCCCCGGGUGGUUAUCGGCAGGAUAAUGGCUUCCCGAUCUUUAUGGCGGAGCCUUUCUUUUUAGUAUUCCUUAUAACGAAUGGCUUUUCUUUACUAAGUUCAUCAUGCUCUUUUCUGGUCUUUCUUUCAAUAAUCACAUCCCGCUCUCGUCUGAAAGACUACGUGCAUCUGCUCCCUACAAAAAUUAUCGGUGGUCUCAUAUCACUUUUCUUUUCAUUCCUGUGUCUGAUGGCUGCCUAUGCUGCCUGUUGCAUAGUUCUUUAUCGCGAAGGUUUGACGUGGGUUCCUAUCAGUCUUGGUCUUGGUGCCUGCUCACCUGUGAUGAUAUUCGGCGUUUUCCAGUUUCCUAUUUGGUGGGAUAUUCUCUCGACUACCUAUAACACAACCUAUCUUUUCAAUCCCCAGAUAUGUAGGCUUUACCCUAAAAUGCGGGUGUUGCAAAGAGUUCGUAAUUGGUGGCGAUUUUUAAAGUUUUGUUAAAAUUUGUUUUGGCUUUUAUGUUUUUGUUUGUUAAUGCUCUUAGACAAUUCACGUUUUGAAUUUGUAUGUUUUGUUGUUAGAUUUGUUUUGGAUUUUACAG